GUAAUGGCGGCGUUGGCUGUUAGAGGAAGGAGCCCAAAGAUCCUGAAACUUUAUUUCUGACAUCACACGCAAGGAUUACAGUGUGCUUGCAUCGUAGAAAUUAGGUGGUGCGACCAUAAACAACUGCGAGGAGCGUCGUGCACUUUUGCGUGCAGUUACACACCAUUGCGCGAAAGAAGAGUUGAAUUUUGCGGCUGACUUUGAGGCCAGUUUUCCUAGUGACAAGCUAUCGCUAACUGGCUAGCGCACCGUGCUAAUGAAACGUUACCAACCAGGAGGAAAUUGCUAACGACUAGCACUUAAUGUAACCAAGAGGUUUUCAACCUAACGGUAACGUUAACCUACUGGUACAGAUAAAUAACGUUAUAUAGUCAUCAUCGGUCAUUUAUGGCCUUGUACCCUUCUCCGAUGCUGACAUAUAAAGGCAAAAGGGCAUCGUUCUAAUUGGAUAAGAUAUCCUUGGGGCGCAUUUAUUUUCGUCCAGUUUGUAACCAACACAAGAUAGCUGCGUCGGCUAGCCUGGCUUGAUAGCGAGUUUAGCAGACUAGAGUUUGGAGAGCUAGCCGGCGGGCUUGCUUAUUAGGUCUGUAUGCCACAAUGGAAAGUUUAACCCUGAGUGAUGUGGAGCAGAAGUAUUACUCGGAUUUGUUUAUCUACUGUGACACGGACAACACCAAAAAAGUGGCUUCUAAUGGCAAAGUUCUUGACCUGUUUCGAGCGGCCCAGCUACCCAAUGAUGUGGUUUUGCAGAUCACAGAGCUGUGUGGAGCGACGCGGCUGGGCCACUUUGGGAGGAGUCAGUUCUACAUUGCACUAAAGCUCAUCGCCAUCGCCCAGUCCGGACUGCCACUGAGGGUCGAGAGCCUGAACUCAGUCAAGGACCUGCCCCUGCCGCGGUUCGUGGUGGGUAAGAACGAGCAGGAGGCUCGGCACGCGGCGGUGUACCCCGACUCCGAGAACCAGAACCAGGGGCCGUACGCCGCCGUCUUCCCCCGGCCGCCAGGCCGAGGCCUGGGUCUGGGCCCGGGCAAGAAGAUCCCCCUCACGCACGAGGUCAUACAGCCAGGGCCCGGGGGCAACACGGCAGAUGCACAGCCUGACACCACGUCCCCGGUGGUGUCUCCGCACCAGUCCCCUCCCACGUCUCCUCCGUCCUGGAGGAAGCACUCGCGGCAGCCCAGCGGCAGCAACACCGACAGGCCGCCCGUACAGGUGGUGCCCGUACAGGUGGCGCCCAACGCCUGGCCACACUUCAGAGAAGCACAAUCAGGUCCGGUGGUGCCAGGCGAUGGGAUGUGGUCGGGCCACUCCCCUCCUCCGGUUCAGGAAUCCUGGGUCAGUUUUACAGAUACCCCUCCCUCCAGCACACUUCCAACAAUGCACCCAUCGUCUCUACAGGAGAGCACAGGGGUCCGUACGGGUCCGAGCGCACCGCCCUCCACCAACGAGCUGCAGAGGCAGACGAGUGGCUACGAGGACCCCUGGAAGAUAACAGACGAGCAGCGGCAGUACUACGUUAACCAGUUCAAGACCAUCCAGCCAGACCUCACGGGCUUCAUCCCCGGAUCAGCAGCUAAAGAGUUUUUCACAAAGUCCAAGCUGCCGAUACUAGAACUGUCUCAUAUUUGGGAGCUGUCGGACUUCGACAAAGACGGCGCGCUGACACUGGACGAAUUCUGCGCCGCGUUCCACCUGGUGGUGGCCAGGAAAAACGGUUACGACCUCCCCGAGAAGCUUCCGGAAAGCCUCAUGCCAAAGCUCAUCGACCUGGACGACUCUGCAGGUAUGCAACUCUACGACUCUGCAGAAGUCCCGGAGCCUGCUCAUGAUGUGGGGUACUCGGGUUCACCAGUAGAGGUCACCCCUAACAAGUCUCCUUCCAUGCCCUCGCUCAACCAGAACUGGCCCGAACUCAACCAGAGCAACGAGCAGCAGUGGGAGACGUUUAGUGAGCGCUCGUCCAGUUCUCAAACUCUGACCCAAUUUGAUUCUAACAUUGCACCGGCUGACCCUGACACGGCCAUAGUGCACCCGGUGCCUAUCCGCAUGACGCCCAGUAAGAUCCACAUGCAGGAGAUGGAGCUGAAGAGGGCAGGAAGUGAGCACCCCCACGCUACGAGUCCCCUGCUGACCAAGCCGCCAGAGCUGUCUGACGAGAGUAAACUUGUGGCCGCAAUCAAAUAUCCUGCCAACACUGUAGGUGAUGGCUAUAGUAGUUCGGACUCCUUCACGUCAGACCAGGAGCCAAUCGCCGGUGUUGUCACGCGCCAGAGGUCUCAUUCGGGGGCGUCUCCGGAGGGCCUGCAGGUGGUGGCCCCCCCUCCCCCUCCCCCACGGCCCCACGCCUCACACUCCCGAUCCUCAUCGCUAGACAUGAACCGAAACUUUGCCGCCGUCACCUCAGCAGGCCAGCAGCCUGCAGGUGGCGUAGCGUUCCCUCCAGCUGUGCCUCCCAGACCACUGCCAACACAGGCCUCUGCUCCUCAUAGCCACCGGUCGGUAGAGGGGGGUGAGGGAGGCGCGUCUCUCCUCAGCACCUCCCCUCAGCAGAUGCCUCAGCAGCCAAACUUCGCCGACUUCAGCCAGUUCCAGGCCUUCGCCGAGCAGCCCCAGGAGGACGCUGAGAAGCACCCGGAGAGCGCACAGGUGGAGCUGAGUGGGGAGACUGCAGGGCCCCUGAGGACGGUCAAGUCCGACGGCCAGAGUGAGGAGAGGGCAGCCGCUACGGCCAACUCUGCCAAAGGGGCUUCGAGCGGGCCCCUGGCUCCGCCCCCCAAGCCGGUGCGGCGACGGCUGAAGUCGGAGGACGAGCUGCGGCCGGACGAGGACACGCCCCUCCCCCCUCAGAAGAGCAACCUCAUCGCCACCGUGCUCGCCACGCAGCCCUCCAUACCUCGGUCUGUUGGCAAAGAUAAGAAGGCCAUUCAAGCUUCCAUCAGGAGGAACAAGGAGACAAACACAGUGUUGGCUAGACUCAACAGUGAGCUGCAACAACAGCUGAAGGACUUGCUGGAGGAGCGGAUAUCUUUGGAGGUUCAACUAGAGCAGCUGCGGCCAUUUUCCCAUUUGUAACCCCCGUCUGUCUGUCUGUCUGUCUGUACGUACGUACGUCUCCCGUCUGUGUGUUCUGGAACAAUCUGCCACGUGGUAAUGGGGGACAGAACCGGAACCGGAACCAGACCCAGAGCUUCCUGCCGGAUGCAUAUGUUGCUCACCUGCCCCGCACCGCCCCCCGCCCAGCCCCCCGCCCAGCCCCUCGCCCCGCCCAGCCCUAUCUGCUGUGUUGGUCUUAACGUGUGUGUGUGUGCGCGCGCAUGUGUGUGUGUGCGCGCGUGUGUGUGCGCGUGUGUGUGUGUGCG